GGUCCUUUCCUAGUGCGUGAAGAUGGCAGAAGAGAAGAAAGCGGUCAAAAGGCACGCCAGCCGCAACCCUGUGCUGGCCCGCGGCAUUGGGAGGUACUCCCGCUCGGUCAUGUUUACCAGACGGGCUCUGUACAAGCGCAAGACCAAGGCUCCAGAGACCAAGAUUGAGAAGAAGCUGAAGGAGAAGAUCCCAGCAACAGUCACCAAGACUGUGGGUGGAGACAAAAAUGGAGGAACCCGUGUGGUCAAACUCCGUAAGAUGCCUCGGUAUUACCCUACCGAAGACGUGGCACGCAAGCUGCUCAGUCAUGGCAAGAAGCCCUUCAGCCAGCACAAGAGAAAACUGCGAACAAGCAUCACUCCUGGCACUGUCCUCAUCCUCCUUACUGGCCGUCACAGGGGAAAGCGUGUGGUUUUCCUGAAGCAGCUCGCAAGUGGUCUUCUGCUUGUAACUGGUCCUCUUGUCCUGAGCCGUGUGCCUCUGCGAAGGGCCCACCAGAAGUUUGUCAUCGCCACCAACACCAAGAUUGAUAUCUCUAGUCUGAAGAUCCCCAGGACCCUGACUGACUCCUACUUCAAGAAGAAGAGGCUGCGCAAACCCAGGCACCAAGAGGGAGAGAUCUUUGACACAGAAAAAGAGAAGUACCAGAUCACUGAGCAGCGCAAGGUAGACCAGAAGGCUGUGGACUCUCAGCUCAUGCCUCUGAUCAGGAAGACCCCCCAGCUGCGCGGAUACCUGCGUUCCACAUUCUCCCUCACCAACGGAGUCUACCCACACAAGCUGGUCUUCUAAACAAACUGUACAAAAUGCGCUAUUAAAUGACGUCUCAACCAA